AUGAGUUCAGAUUCUCUUCAGACUCAGCGAGCGGCUCGGAGACGCCGGCGGGGGGGGGGGGGGAAGCACUGCUGCCCCGUGUGCCGCCGCGACUGCUUCAAAGCCUCCGCGCUGCAGAAGCACCUGAGGAUUCACUCCGGCGAGCGCCCGUUCCACUGCCCCACCUGCAGGAAGAGCUUCACGCAGCAGGUCCACAUGACGGAGCACCUGAGGACUCACACCGGAGAGAAGCCCUACACCUGCACCGACUGCGGCAAGAGCUUCACCUUCUCCAGCGCUCUGCGCCGGCACCAGCGGCUGCACACUGAGGCCCGGCCGCACCAGUGCUCCGUCUGCCAGAAGACCUUCAAACAGCAGUGCUCGCUCAAGACCCACCUGCUGACCCACUCCGGAGUCCGGUACCAGUGUCCGCUCUGCAGCAAGAGCUUCAGCCGCGCCCUGGAGCUCACCUACCACGUGGACAUGCACUCGGACGCACAGCCCUACUUCUGUGACCUCUGCAAGAAGAACCUGAGCGGAGCCAGGAUCUACCGCAAGCACAUGAAGAAACACGAGUCACAGACGUCCCCACAGACGUCCCCACAGACGUCCCCACAGACGUCCCCACAGACGUCCCCACAGACGUCCCCACAGACGUCCCCACAGACGUCCCCACAGACGUCCCCACAGACGUCCCCACAGACGUCCUCAGGAGAAGGUGCAGAGGAAGCGGCCGGAGCCCCUGAGACUCUUUGAAUGAUGGAUCUGGUGUUUUCCAGGUUUGUGCCGGUUCCUCCUGAAGCCUGAGAACCGUUUUGUUUCUGAAAUACUAAAGUCUUAAUUUUCAAGGUGCUGGUUUGUAGCAAACACAAAGUUGAGCUGGAGCUGAUGUGAAGCUUCGGUUUGGAACUUGAGGUGGAUGAACUCUGUUGUGAACCUGGACCAGUCUGCAAAUAAACUGGUUUUACAUUUCUGUUACUGGUAAAUAAACCAGAGACCGAUCGUUCUGCAGUGACCUUUAAAUGUGUCGGUAGCUUUUCAUUUGCCUUCAUGCUAAGCUAGGCUAACGUUAUCCUGACUCAUCGAUCUACAGCUGGAAUCUGUUUCUAUUCUCCCGCUCUGAACUGCUCUCCUCUGAUUGGUCGAUAGUCUUUUCUACUGCAUUGCUUGUUUUUCCCACAGACUGUAAAUAAAGAUGGAAGUCAUGAGAACACAUAGAAGUGACACUAGACCACCUCCAUCGCCCCCUGGUGUCCGGCUGCAGUACAGGUCAUAAACCCUCCUCCUCCAUGUUAGCAGAUGGGACAUGGACCAAACAGGAAAACAAAGUAGAUGUUAAAUAAAUGUUUGUAAAGUA